GUUUCCCUCUGUCUGCGGGUGGUGCUGAACGUUUGCACGCACGCGGAACGGGCGGUGGGGGCUGGGAUACGGUGCGUGUGAGAGAACAAAAAGAGAGAACAGGACUUGACGAGCCUGUUUAUUUUCCAAGCGGAAAUUUCCACGUGUUUGCGACAGACACAAGAGGAAGAGUGAGAAGGAUGAGGGGGGAAGCCUGAGUUUCUUCUCGUGAAAGAAGGAAAAAUGUAUAGGAAAUAGGCCUGUCAACGAACAGAGACUGGAUUUGUACGGUUUUAAGCUAUAUCAAGGAAAUAACUUACUUAUUUCAACCAAGACACAUCAGGAAAUAGUCGUUCCUCGGACGUUCUCUGCCAGAAUUAGAUUGAGAGGCUCCAGGUCAGUGGGUGUAGUGGAGUAGAGGCAUCCCAGGGAGGAGUGAGAUUCUGGGGAUGAGAGGUACCUCCUCCCUCCCUGUCUCCCGCAGAGAAUCAGGAGAACACUGGGACUCACUAACAGAGUGUGUUGGGUGUAUGUCUGGUGUUGUCCAGGUAACAUGGCUCUGGUUCAGACCCUGCCUGUGUCUGUGACUGACCACCCCAAGCCUCCCACAAGCCUCCAUAUCGUCAACCUCUCCCCUGUCGUCGGAGGGCCCUGUGGCCCCUUUGUCCCUGGAGCCACCAUGGGCUCCGUCAGCAGCCUCAUCUCUGGCCGGACCCAUCAGGAGCAGCGACACUGCCGGGCUGCCAGAGAGUUCAGCACUAAGCCACGCCGUAACACCCCAACUACCAAUUGUUUCAAGCUCCAGGGUGAUAGCAACACCCUGCCCAGCGGGAGCUCCCUGGAACAACUACUGAUCAUCAACAACCAGACCCAGCUCCAGCCCACCAAGCUCCAGCCGCCACCACUGCCCACCAAGAAGCAGCCUCGGGCGGGUAAAUCUGCUGGGGGGGCUGGGUGUGUGGCUGGAGGAGGUGGUGGUAGUGGAGGGAAUGGGAACUAUGGGUUUGUGAGGGAGGAGGUGAAUGAUAACCAUGUGGUGACGGUGGGGAGUCCGUGUAGCGACUCGGAGGAGCAGAGGAAUAACCGAGGUCUCAACAGGAAUAUCAGCGGGCCGCCGCCCAAACUCAUCCCUGUGUCGGGAAAACUGGAGAAGAACAUGGAGAAGAUUCUGAUCCGUCCCACCGCAUUCAAACCGGUGGUCCCGAAGAACCGCCACUCGGUGCAAUACCUCUCCCCGAGACCAGGGGGCAACCUCUCUGAGAGCCAAGGCAGCCUCAACCUCCUCUUGCCCCUGUCGAUCAAUGGGAAUAAUGGAAAUACAGUGGUCAAUAACUUGAAUACCGUGUUCAAUAACGUGGUCAAUGGCACUGGGAGCUACGGGAACGUUGUAUCUCUGGUCGGCUCGUCUUCUUCCUCAGAUAGCAAGAGGAACUCAUACAGCGGAGGACGCAAUGCUCGCAACAGCCAUUCCUGCUCCAUGUCAGACUCUGGCCGUAACUCCCUGUCCAGCCUGCCCACCCACAGCAGCAAUGGCUUCAGCCUGGCCAAUAGCGAGGCCUCCGGGUCGGGUUCAGGGUCUGGGGGGUCCAGGGUGGGCCCGGAUCCUGGGAGAACCACCACCACAAACGGAGGGUCGGGGAUCAACGGAGGUCACGCCCACUCUACCUCCCACGGUCACUCAAACUCGGACAGUGGGCGGUCAUCGUCCAGUAAGAGCACAGGGUCGCUGAGUGGGCGAGGCCAGCCCCUGUCAGACAGCGGGUCAUGUGGGCGCUCGCCCCCGACCCUGGAGGGUUACGAGGGGGUGGUGAGGGAGCUGGAGGAGAAGUUGAGGGAGAGAGACCUGGAGCUGCAGCAACUCAGAGAGAACCUGGACGAGAACGAGGCCGCCAUCUGUCAGGUAUACGAGGAGAAGCAGCUUCGCUGUGAGAGAGAGCUGGAAGAGCUGAGACAGAGCUGUUCCUCUGAGAUGAAACAGGCUUCACAGAAGGCCCAGAGAGUACAACAGGCCUUACAGCUACAGGUGUUCCAACUGCAGCAGGAGAAGAAGAAGCUGCAGGAGGACUUCUCCUCUCUGCUGCAGGACAGGGAAGAGUUGGAGAGGAGGUGUGCCUCUAUACAGAGAGAGCAGACCCAGCUGGGACCACGCCUAGAAGAGACCAAGUGGGAGGUGUGUCAGAAAUCAGGUGAGAUCUCCCUUUUGAAACAGCAACUGAAGGAGAGCCAGUCAGAGCUGAGCCAGAAGGGCGGGGAGCUGGUGGUCCUGAAGUCCCAGUUGAGAGAGGUCAGGUCCGAUCUCCAGAACUGCCAGGCUACGACCCAGGAGGCUGGGUCGGCCCUACGAACACGCUCCCUGGAGCUGGAGGUCUGCGAGAAUGAGCUCCAGCGCAGGAAGAGCGAAGCCGAGCUGCUCCGCGAGAAAGUCGGACGCUUGGAGGAAGAUUUGGCGCACCUCCGAGAUACCCUGGCCAAUCAGGGAGGAGGUUAUAUUCCUGGAGGCCAGGCACCAGCCACUAAGGGCCAAUGUAUGAGCCUGCCCCUCCCCCAGGGGCGUGGGGGUGUGAGGGGUGGAAGGGGGGGCCUCUGCCCCUCUGUGGGGUACCGAGAGGUGGAGGAGGGGAGGCUGGGUUGGGGAGGGGAGAGUGAUGAGACCAAGGCUCAGAGGCAGAGUGCUGAAGCUGUGCUGGGACUCAGGCAACAGGUGGAGAGGCUGAGGGCAGAGCUGAUGUACGAGAGGAGGAGCAGUGAGGAGCAGCUGGGAGGAUUUGAGGAGGAGAGGAAGGUCUGGCAGGAGGAAAAGGAAAAGGUGAUCCGCUACCAGAAACAGCUGCAGCAGAACUACAUCCAGAUGUACAGGAGGAACAGAGAUCUAGAGAGGGUGAUGAGAGAGCUCAGUCUAGAGCUGGAGAACAGAGAUGUAGAGGACUACGACGUCCACAGCGGAAGCAACGACAUCCACUUCGAGGAGAUCGCCGCUACUGAGAUUUAGAGGGACCAUACAAGGGUGUCCUCUCGCCCCAGUGAGAUUUAGAGACCAGACAGGGGUGUUGUCUAACCCCAGUGAGAUUUAGAGACCAGACAGGGGCGUUGCCUAACCCCAGUGAGAUUUAGAGACCAGACAGGGAUUUGUCUAACCCCAGCGAAAUUUAGAGACCAGAUAGGGAGUUGUUUUAACCCCAGUGUCCUCUCGCUCCCAUGACAAUUAGUACCAGCACCCUGAUUUGAUCUGAUUUCCCCAUCACUGCUAGUAAGAGGUCUGCAUCCAAAAUGGAACCCUAUUCGCUAUGUAGUGCACUUAUUUUGGCUAGAGAACAGGUUACCGUUUUAAAUUUGCAUCUAGACUACAGAGGGUGUACCUGGACUUACUCCCCUAACCACAGUACCAGCACUCUUUACUUCUCUACACUCUUAGGAAAAUAUGUGUUAUCUAGAACCUAAAAGGGUUCUCGUCUGUUCCCAUAGGAUAACCCCUUGAAUAACUAGUUUUGGUUCCAGAUAGAACCCUUUAGGUUCCAUGCAGAACCUCAAACCAAAAAGGGUUCCCCAUGGGGACAGCCGAAGUAUACUUUUGGAACUCUUUUCUCUAAGUGUGUAUGCUGUCAUGGACAGGGAGCAUCUCUGUCUCAGGGUUGAUUUACUCCACUAGACACUGGGAUGCACCCUCCUCUAGGCCCUCACAGGAACAGCUAACAGCUGACUACCUGCAGUCAGAAAGGACUCCAUCACUUCGCCAUUCGGACUUGAAAGAAGUUUAGGGUGUAUCUCAACAGUUUAAAGUGGUUUCCUUUCCAGAUUGAGAUUCACCCUCAGACCAACACAUCCUCCUUGCCUUCUCACAUGGGUUUGAUUGCCCAGCUAUAGUACCAGCACUCUAUGGGACGUAUACUAUGGCUUUUGACUUGAGAAACAAGCAGGCAUCACUCAAACCUUGCUCAAAUCAGGGCAUUGAAAGCAAUGGGGGUCUCAGAUAAAGGGCACAAAUCUCAGAUCAAGUCAAGUGAAAUCAUAUCUUUAUAUAGCACACAGGGGUGACUACCUGACGACCAGCACAUAAUUAUGACAUCACCCCUCGACUGUGUUUACGUUUGUCCACAGGACAAUGUUCCACUUUUACAAUGUGUUCUCAUGUUAUAUAUACAGUAUUCAAUGGAUCAUCAACUCAUCUAGAAGUAGCAAUUUUAAGCGACAGCCUGGUCUUUUUUGAGUUACAGAAACACUGGAGUAUUUUAAUGGAAUGUAUAACGAUUCUUGGCACAUAGCAAGUGCAACCAUUCAGUUAUCAACACCGGCUAAGGCACAAACUAGGCUACACCAAGAGAAUACAUGGGAUAAUUUUGCACAAAAACUCAUAAUGCUCUUUUCAGUUCUGGACGUGACUGUUCUGUCUUUCUCAUGUAGUUGACCCCUUUGUAUGGACACAGAAGAGAUAGAAGCAUGUAGCAAUAAGAGGGAGUUCAGCUUGGGAGAUCUCACUCUCAUAUGAAAGGAAGAAACAAAUCUGUCUCUUUCCUGUUAACUAGCACAGACUUUCAUAUCAAAAGAAGAAACAAACAUUUAUUGGUUAAACCUAAAGCUGCCCGUCAAAGAUAUUGAUGCUGCAUCGGCUGCUGGGACUGUUAUGGAGCCUUCUUGGAUCCAUGAGGUCAGGGGUCGUGGAUCAGGAAGCCUUUGGUGGCACUGUCCCUGAUGGUAUCACAGUGAAAGCAACAAAACAUCAUUGUCAAACUGUACUGUAGGCCUCCCUCCCUUGUCCUCUCUCACACACUCUGGACUGUGAAUACUCUUCCGAGUAUUACAAGACCUCCCUCCCUCACUCAAAAAAGCCAAAUAACACUUCCUAGUCUUCCUGUCCCUGACUGUGGGACUCCCUCACUGACAUGUAGAUAAUGUGGAUGGCAUGAUUGCAUGUCUUUCCCUGUCUGUCAGAGUCAGUCCUGAUAAUGUAGGGGGAUGUGCUGGACAUUGCAUGAUAGAUUAGCCUAAGGCAUGACACCCCGGUCAUUAUGGACUUGUUACACUGGUUAUAUUAUUGCCUUGGGAGAUCCAAGGGGGAUUGGACUGAAAUCUCUGGUCAACAUAUUGGCAGCCACUAGGAACCAUAGAAAUAUAAUUACUAUAAUGUAAUUCUAUGUCUAUGCUGGUUCCUGAAUAAAUAAGGCAGUCUUCAGUUGUGCUUUCUCAUAAGAAUGGAUUCAACUAGAGGUGUGAUCUUUUGUAUUACAGAGUAAAACAAAGUAUAUAAAAAAGAUUCUUAAACAGAUAAAUAAAAAUCAAUAUGAUCUAUGAUGAUGAUGUGUAUAUUUUUUAUAUAGCACCUGAAGAUAUUUUGUGGUAACACCGGUACCAUUGUGGGUUUAAUAUACAAAGUAUAAUAAAGAUUUCUAUAUAUCUUUGCAGCACCACACAUAUCCCAAUGAGAUGAUCAAUCAGAAUUGGAAAAGGUCUAGAAAGAGUGGAGUGAUCUAUUGCAUGCAUUAAAAUCAUUUUUUACAUCAUA